AUGGGUCUCUACAAGAAGUUGCCUGACUCUGUCACUGAUGUGGAUGUCAUCAUUGCUGGAGGUGGCGCUGCUGGCUGCGUUGUCGCCGGCAGACUUGCUGAAUCCGACCCCAAGUUGGCGAUUCUGGUCAUCGAGAGUGGACCAAACAACUUCGGAGACCCGAUGGUGACGGUUCCGGCUUUCUGGCUAUCACACACGAAUCCUAGUGACAAAUAUACCUGGUCCUACAAGGCCAGCGCAUCUCAAUACCUAGCCGGGAGAGAAUCCAUCAUCCCCGCUGGUCGCAUCCUCGGUGGAGGAUCUUCCGUAAAUAUGCUGUUGUAUAGCCGUCCGCAGCAGUCGGAGCUGGAUGCUUGGAAUACUCCCGGCUGGUCCGCCAAGGAGACAUUGCAGUAUCUCAACAAGUGGGAAUCCUACCACGGGCCUCCUGGCUCGGAGGAUCGUCAUGGGCAUGACGGCCCGAUCUACGUCGGCCCCGGCAAUUAUCGUGGCAAGAUCUUGGAGCAGGAUUUCAUCUCUGCAGUUCAGAAGCUAGGCUGGCCAGAGCUUGCCGACAAUAACAGGCUGGAUUCUAUCAACGGCUCAAUGCGCGCUCAGCGUUAUGUAGGCCCUGAUGGGAAGCGUCAGGACACCGCCCAUGGGUAUAUUCAUCCUAAGCUCGAGAGCGGAGAAUAUCCUAAUCUCCAUAUCCUCGUGGAAACGGACGUUGAGCGUGUUAUAUUUGACGAUAACAAGAAGGCUAUUGGAGUGGCCUUUAGGCCCAGCGCUGACUUCCAACCCGAUGAGGACCAAGAGGCAUCCCUUAGGGUUGUCCACGCGAGACAGCAGGUCAUCUUAUCUGCAGGUGCUCUCGGGACACCACAAAUCCUGGAGAGAUCUGGCGUUGGCAACCCUGAGGUUCUCUCACGGGCCGGAAUCCCGCUUAUCGCCUCCGUUCCGGAAGUGGGUGAGAAUUACCUGGACCACCAUAUUAUGCUUUACCCUUACAAGACAAGUGUUGGCCCAGACGAGACAAUGGAUGGUCUCUUGGCAGGACGUAUAGAUGUCGGCCAGCUAAUCUCCAAGAACGACCCGUUGCUUAGCUGGAAUGGUGUUGACGUGCAAUGCAAGCUCCGGCCUACGGAUGCUGACAUCGCAAGCCUAGGCACUGAUUUCCAAGCGGCGUGGGACAAGGACUUCAAAGAUUCUCACGAUAAGCCUCUAAUGAUCAUUUCGAUUGUCAGCUGCUUUCCGGGAGAUCCAUCUGGCGUUCCAGCUGGGCAAUAUAUGGGCGUUGCUACCUUUAGCACCCAUCCGUUCUCACGCGGCCGCAUCCAUGUCACGGGUCCGAAAUUUAGCGACCCAUAUAGCUUCGACGCCGGCUUCCUAGCAGAUAAGAACGGAAUUGAUCAGAAAAAUCACUUUUGGAUGUAUAAGAAGCAGCGCGAAAUCAUCCGCCGUAUGGAAAACUUCGCAGGCGAGGUCGCCGCUGGCCAUCCGGAAUUUUCCAGUGGGUCCAAGGCCGCAAUUAUUGACACCAAGCCUUCCUCGGAGAUCCAGGACAUCGAAUACACGCCGGAGGAUGAUCAGGCUAUCGAGAAGUUCCUGAAAGAACGCAUCUCUACGACCUGGCACUCGAUGGGCACGUGUAAGAUGGCCUCUUUCAAGGAUGACGGAGUUGUGGACCGCAACCUGAAUGUCUACGGAGUCAAGAGUUUGAAGGUUGCUGAUCUGAGCAUUACACCAAGCAACGUGGGAUGUAACACAUGUAGCGUUGCAAUGGCUAUUGGAGAAAAGGCUGCAGACAUCAUCAUUCAGGAGCUUGAACUUGCAAAAUAA